AUGAACGCCCCGAAAGAGCCCAAGGUAAAUACUCCUACCAUUGAAGCCUAUGACGGUACCACCGAUCCAGAUAUGCACCUAGUUGCAUACCGUCACCACAUGUUCAUGACACACAAGGAAGAAAGGAAAACAAUUAUGCACUUGGGACGAAUUCAACAAGGGAAAGAUGAAUCACUAAGAAGCUAUGUGAAACGUUUCAACCUACAGGCCUGGCAAAUCCCAGACUUACCCGACGGCGUCUCCUUCGAUAAUUUUAUCAGGGGAUUGAAGAAAGGAUCCUUCAAGUUUGACCUCGUCAAGAAAAGUGUGCGGACUAUGGCCGAAGUUUUGGACGAGGCUGAAGCAUUUAUCCAUGCAACAGAAAUAUGCAGCGCGUCAAAAUAUGGAAGGACUGGAGAAGCAAAAGAUUCCUCAGGGAAGAAAGACAAAAUAGACCGAAAAGCCCCACGAGUAAAUGGUACGUGGGCUCUUUUGAAAGAGCAUGAUACCAAUUCUCCUGGACACAAGAGAGAACGUCCACAAGAAAGAGAAUAUUUCGAGUACAACACAGAUCUCCUCACGAUACUGAAAGACGCCGGAACCAGGUUUGACCUUGAACGACCUUUUCCCAUGAAGUCUCCUGCUGAGAGUCGAGACUCUAAGUUGUAUUGCCAGUUCCAUGAAGAUAUAGGGCAUGACACCAAGAACUGUAGAAGCUUGAAGAGUGCUCCCGGCCUAGCCUCCAAAGGACACCUCAAGAACUACUUACAGAGAAAUGCUCACGGCUCUGGAAAGAACCAAUACAAAAAGAACAAGUCACCCGUCUCACCUACAGAGGGAAACCACAACGAAGGGGGAUUUGUAGCCGUCAUAUCUGGGGGACCAGCUGCUGGAGGACCCACCAUGAGGGGGCAGAAAGACUAUGCUCGCCGCCUAGGACAGGUAAUGUUAUCAGGAAAGUCACCUGUGGACCCAUUCCCACGGAUCAAGAUAUGUGAGUCGGAUGGUGGACGAGUAGCCACUCUGCAUGAUGAUCCUCUUGUGGUCGAGUUCAAAAUCUUCAAUAUGAGGGUGAAGCGCAUCCUGAUAGACACUGGGAGCUCGUCUGACAUAAUGAGCAUGGAAUGCCUCAGCCGCCUAGCACAUGACCCUAAAACCAUAGAGAGCAUACACUAUCCCAUCAUUGGUUUUGGAGGAAGCAUUAUACACCCCGUAGGCGUCAUCACCUUGCCGGUUCGGAUUGGGGAUAGAAAAGAUGGACGGAAGAUGGAAGUGAACUUCUUAAUUGUCAAGGACUUGACAGCAUACAAUGUCAUCUUGGGACGACCCACCCUGAACAAGAUUAAAGCAGUAGUCGUCACCUAUCUUAUGCUCUUGAAGUUUGUAUGA